AUGCAGAUGGCUCCAGAGCUCGUUCUUCCAUUGUCCGAGCAUUUUCCAGGGCGUAUCAGCUACAGAGGGAGCAGGUACUUCACUGCUAUAAAGGAUAAGUUCGAAGCCUUUAAGUUGACUGAUAAGGUGAAGGAAAGUCCCUUCAGAUCUUUUUGGAAUGCCAGUGUUCUUCAAUUCUCCGGGGUGAUUGUGCAUCAACUGUUAUUGAGGAAAAAGAAAGUCAGUGAAGUUAAAAACGAUGAAGUGUGGUUUUACGUGGGUAAAACGGAAACCAGAUUUGGGAGGUCUGAGUUCGGUUUGAUCACAGGCCUAAAGAUGAGCGGUGGCCCCUCGACAGCAGAAUUGAAUACACAAUGUGAUUAUGAUCGGAUACUGCGGGACUAUUUCAACAAUGCGAAAAGGGUGGACUUCAAAACCCUUUGGCUAGCUUUUGAGGCGUGUGAUGUUGAAGAUGAUGCAUACAAGCUGGGUUUAUGUGCUUUUGUUGAAGGCGUUCUGUUGUCACGGUCCGAGAGUGUGUAUAUUUGGACUGAUAUGCUGAAGUUAGUUGAAAAUGUAGAUAACUUCUUCGAGUAUCCUUGGGGCCUCCUUUCUUAUCAGAAGAUGUUGUCUUCCACAGCUAAAAAUAUGCAGCAGCUACGGCAAAACUACCUGGAUAAGUUGUCGAGCAAGAAAGAUAAGAAGAAGAAGAAAUCCAAGAAGGAGAAAAAAGUUACUCAACUAGAAGCAAAGUACAAUGUGUACGGAUAUGCACCGGCCCUGCAAUAUUGGGCGUUUGAGGUCAUGCAAGAUGUGGGGAAGAAGUAUGGAUGGUUGUUCUUCAAAUCUUGCACCCUCGGAAUUAGGAGGUUGAAUACUGGAAGUCCAAUUGUGAGGGUGAAGUCCCCACGGUGA